AUGCAUAUCCCACUUUUCUCUAUCCUCGCUCUCGCGCCCGCAGUGAUUGCCGUUGUCGUCGAUACGCCGACUAUGAAAUCGCGUCGGAAUUGGGACGUGACAUGGAGACUCGACACGCCAAAGAUUGGCAUCACUCUUACCCGAGACUUCAAGAAUUUUGAGUGGAUCGAUCUCGUUGAUGCCGAGCCGGAGAAGGCUAGUGUUAGAAUACCGAGAGACGUGAACCUUCAGCCAGGGUAA